CUGUCUCUCUCUCUCUGUGUUUAGAUUCUUGUUGAAGAGGACCAAGCCAGAGUUUAGCAGCAGUACCUCUUCAGCCCGUCUAUCAGAGGAGGUGUUAGCUGACAGAGAUGACCUGGACUUCUUCAUGCAGACCUCCACUUACUACUACUCAGUGAGGAUCUUCCCAGGUCAGGAGCCCAGCAGUGUGUGGGUUGGCUGGGUGACCUCUGACUUCCACCAGUACGACAUGGCCUUCGACCUCGAAAAGGUCCGCACCGUCACCGUAACCCUGGGAGACGAGAAGGGCAAAGUUCACGAGAGCAUCAAGCGUAGUAACUGCUACAUGGUGUGGGCUGGAGAGAGUACGAGUCCUGGUCAGGGCCGGAACAACAACGGCCUGGAGAUUGGAUGUCUGGUGGACACAGUUAACGGACUACUAACCUUCACUGCCAACGGGAAGGAGCUCAGCACAUACUACCAGGUUGAGCCCAGUACCAAGCUGUUCCCUGCUGUGUUCGCCCAGGCCACCAGCCCCAGCAUCUUUCAGUUUGAACUAGGACGUAUUAAGAACGUCAUGCCUCUGUCAGCGGGACUGUUUAAGAGUGAGAGGAGGAACUCCUGUCCCCAGUGUCCUCCCAGGCUGCAUGUCCAGUUCCUGACCCCGGUGAUGUGGAGCAGGGUACCCAACCACUUCCUCAAGGUGGACGUGUCCCGAGUCAACGACCGCCAUGGCUGGCUGGUCACCUGCUCUGAACCGCUCCAGUUCAUGUCCCUGCAUAUACCUGAGGAGAACAGGUCAGUUGAUAUCCUGGAGUUGACUGAGCAGAAGGAUCUGUUGAAGUUUCACUACCAUACUCUGAGGUUGUACUCUGCUGUGUGCGCUCUGGGGAACAACCGUGUGGCCCACGCCCUCUGCUCCCACGCCGACGAGGCACAGCUGCUCUACGCCAUAGAGAACAAGUACAUGCCUGGUCUCCUCAGGACUGGAUACUACGACCUGCUCAUAGACAUCCACCUCAGUACCUAUGCCACGGCACGUCUCAUGAUGAACAAUGAAUACAUCGUCCCCAUGACGGACGAGACCAAGUCCAUCACUCUGUUCCCCGACGAGAAGAAGAAGCACGGUCUGCCGGGGAUCGGCCUGAGCACCUCUCUCCGCCCCCGCAUGCACUUCUCCUCGCCGUCCUUCAUCUGUAGCGGAGCCGACUGCUUCCAGUUCAGCCCCGAGUUCCCCCUGGAUAUCCUGAAGACCAAGACCAUAGAGAUGCUGACGGAGGCCGUGAGCGAGGGGAGUCUACACGUCAGAGAUCCUAUAGGGGGCAGCACUGAGUUCCUGUUCGUUCCUCUCAUUAAGCUGUUCUACACGUUACUGAUCAUGGGAGUGUUCCAUAACGGAGACCUGAAGAACAUUCUACAGCUGAUAGAACCCAGCGUGUUCUCAGAGGGAGGGGACGUGACCGCGGACACGCCCGCGGACACGCCCGAGAGUGAUGUCGCUAAGGGAGGAAGAGGCGGGGAGGGGCCUGGAGGAGAGGAGAGGACAGGGAAGGUCCCUAAAGGACUGCUACAGAUGAAACUACCGGAGCCUGUCAAACUGCAGAUGUGCCACCUGCUCCAGUACCUGUGUGACUGUCAGGUGCGCCACCGUAUCGAGGCGGUGGUGGGCUUCAGCGAUGACUUCGUGGCUCAUCUCCAGGACAACCAGCGGUUCCGCUACAACGAGGUCAUGCAGGCGCUCAACAUGUCGGCCGCCCUGACUGCCAGGAAGACCAAGGAGUUCAGAUCCCCUCCUCAGGAACAGGUAGAUCAGUCAGUCAGCCAGUCAGUCAGUCAGUCAGCCAUGUCGGCCGCCCUGACUGCCAGGAAGACCAAGGAGUUCAGAUCCCCUCCUCAGGAACAGAUCAACAUGCUCCUGAGCUUUAAGGACGAGAAGGUGGACUGUCCCUGCCCAGAACACAUCAGAGGACAACUUGUAGACUUCCACGAGGACCUGAUGACACACUGUGGCAUAGAGAUAGACGAGGACAAGCUGAACGAGGCAGACAGUGACUUCACCAUCCGAGGAAGACUCAUGUCUCUGGUGGAGAAGGUGGUCUACCUGAAGAAAAAGAUGACCUUCAUGCCGAAGAACAAGAAGAAAGAUAAGAAACCCAGCACGUUGCAGCAGCUGAUCAGUGAGACCAUGGUACGCUGGGCCCAGGAGAGCAUCAUGGAGGACCCAGAGCUGGUCAGAGCCAUGUUUGUCCUCCUCCACCGUCAGUACGACGGUAUCGGGGGCCAGGUCCGAGCCCUGCCCAAGGCCUACACCAUCAACUCAGUCUCUGUGGAGGACACCAUCAAACUGCUGGCGUCACUGGGACAGAUCAGAUCACUGUUGUCUGUACGCAUGGGGCGUGAGGAGGAGAAACUGAUGAUCAGAGGACUGGGAGACAUCAUGAACAACAAGGUCUUCUACCAGCACCCCAACCUGAUGAGAGCUCUGGGAAUGCAUGAGACCGUCAUGGAGGUGAUGGUGAACGUCCUGAGUGGAGGGGAAUCCAAGGAAAUCACCUUUCCUAAGAUGGUGGCCAACUGCUGUCGUUUCCUGUGUUACUUCUGCCGCAUCAGCAGACAGAACCAGAAGGCCAUGUUCGACCACCUCAGCUACCUGCUGGAGAACAGCAGCGUCGGGCUUGCGUCUCCCUCCAUGCGAGGCUCUACUCCACUAGACGUGGCCGCUGCCUCUGUGAUGGACAACAACGAGCUGGCUCUGGCCCUGAGGGAACCAGACCUGGAGAAAGUGGUGCAGUACUUGGCUGGCUGUGGUCUCCAGAGUUGCUCCAUGCUAGUGUCUAAAGGAUACCCGGACAUCGGCUGGAACCCUGUCGAAGGAGAGAGAUACCUUGACUUCCUCCGCUUCGCAGUGUUCUGUAACGGUGAGAGUGUGGAGGAGAACGCUAACGUGGUGGUGAGGCUGCUGAUUCGUCGGCCCGAGUGCUUUGGCCCCGCCCUGCGCGGAGAGGGGGGGAAUGGUCUCCUAGCAGCCAUGAUGGAAGCCAUCAAGAUAUCAGAGGACCCCUGUAGAGACGGGCCCUCCCCUACCUCAGAGGCCAGCAGGACACUGUAGGUACCCCUGUAGAGACAGGCCCUCCCCUACCUC